AUGCCCGGGGAGGCGGCCCGCGCCGAGCUGCUGCUGCCCGAGGCGGGCGGCCCGGGGGUCCGCACAGAUGGGUCCUGUGGCACGGCCGCGGCCACCACUCCAAGAGGGGACCAGCCUGAGCAGUGUGCCCUGACCCCUGGGCCCAGCCCCCUGGACCUCACCUUCCUGCUCAGCAAGCCGGGCGCCCGGCCCCCGCCUGAGGGCGCCAGCGGGGAUGUGGGGCCUGGCCGGGCGCUCUCAGCCUGGGCGGGCCCCAUGGAGGGGGGCCCCAGCCCAAGGCCCCACGAGGCCCAGCCUGCCGAGCGGCCUCUCCCAGCUACCCUGGAGGCCCGGGUGGUGAUGGGGGAGGAGACGUGCCAGGCGCCCCCACUGCCCUGGGCGGCCCCGCCACAGCUCAGGGACCCGGAGGGGGGGCCUGCCAGCCUGCACCCCCCCGCGUCGUGUUCUCGGGGUGACCCUCCCGUGCCUUUCCCCGCCCCAGACCCCGAUUCCUAUUUCACGCCUCCUUCCACCCCCAGCGAGACCCCGGCCUUGCUCCCCAGCUCCGGGCCCCGCAGGGAUGCCAGGGACGCCCAGGCCGAGGCCAGGCCCGUGGGGGACUCGCCGCCCACCUCACCCUCAGGCUCCUACGUCACCGCGGACACAGACAGCUGGGCCUCCUCCCCGUCCCCUUCCUGCUCCCUGAGCCUGGCCCCCGAGGAAGGGCUGGGUGUGCCCUCGGGCCGCGGCGUCUCCCCACCCGGCUCUGAGGCCCCGGAGCAGGAGUGGCCGCCCGCAGGGUCCCCGGGGCCCUCGUCCCCGGAGUCCAGCCUCUCCACGGACAGCAGCUCCUCCUGGGACCAGGAGGGCCACUUCCUGGACCUGGAUCUCCUGGGCCAGGACGCGCUGGUCCCUGCCGCCCUCCUGCCGUUCCGGGGCAGCCUGCUCUUCCAGGUGGAGGCGGUGGAGGUGCUGGCCCUGCCCCCCGAGGAGCAGCCAGAGGCCCCGGCCGCCGACGGGGACUGGGCCAGCGAGGACAAGGACGACAGCACGUUCGCCUCCUCCCUGCAGUCACUGUCCGACCUGUCCGUCACCGAGGGCGUGGACGAGGCCUUCGCCUUCCCGGACGACAGCUCUGCCGCCUCCUCGGACCCCGACUCGGCCUCCUACCCGGGGGCAGAUGACGAGAGACUGUACAGCGGGGAGCCCCACGCGCAGCCCGCCGCCCUGCGGGAGGGCCCCGUGGCCUCCGAGGGAGACCUGGGCACGUUGGUCUCCGGGGCCGGCCCCGCUCCAGGCCCCAUGUCCCCGGUGGCCCUGGCCCGCCGGGCCCCAGGGGUCGCAGAAGUGACCACUCAGGCUGGGUGGCCAGGAGCAGGCCCCACCGCUGGAGCAGGGCCCAUCCCCAGGGCCACACCUCGGUCCCCGCAGGAGCGGGCGCACGCCACCCCGGGCCCCGAGCCCAGGGCCCCGAAGGCAGACACGGGCUGGGAGCCCCCUCCGGGAGAAGAGGGCCACGCCUUCCCGCAGGCCCCCGAACCUGCAGCUAGGCCUCGGAGCCUGCCGACAGACGCGGGCGGCGCCCCAGGGACCGAGCCCGUGGCCUCCGCGGCCCAGGGGGCAGCUGCGGGGAAGGACGUGGGCUGCACUGGAGACCCGGAGCCUCCAGACCUGGACCAGACCCACCAGAGUGGCCGGGAGCUCACUGUAGAUGCGGGGACACCCUGGGCCUCACGUGAAGAUGCAGGCCCCCCCAAGCCUGCCUUGGAAACCCCAGACACCCCUGAGCCUGCCACGGAGGCCCCAGACAUACCUGAACUCACCUCAGAGGCUUCUGACACUGCAAAGAUUCCCGACCCCCCCACGUUCACCCCGGAGAUCCUGGAGCCCACUGCGAACAUCCAAGACCACCUAUACACCCCCACAGAGACACUGGGACCCCCAGGCCUCCCCACGGAAGCCUUGGGCCCACCUGAGCCUACCUCGGAGACCCCAGACCCCCCCGAGUCUGCCUCAGAGACCCCGGACCCCCCCGAGUCUGCCUCGGAGACCCCGGACCCCCCUGAGGAUGCCUCGGAGAUCCCAGACCCCCCUGAGGAUGCCUCGGAGACCCCGGACCCCCCCGAGUCAGCCUCGGAGACCCCGGACCCCCCUGAGGAUGCCUCGGAGAUCCCGGACCCCCCCGAGUCUGCCUUGGAGACCCCGGACUCCCCCGAGUCUGCCUCAGAGACCCCGGACCCCCCUGAGGAUGCCUCGGAGAUCCCGGACCCCCCCGAGUCUGCCUUGGAGACCCCGGACUCCCCCGAGUCUGCCUCAGAGACCCCGGACCCCCCUGAAUCAGCCUCGGAGACCCCGGACCCCCCUGAGGAUGCCUCGGAGACCCCGGACCCCCCUGAGUCUGCCUCGGAGACCCCGGACCCCCCCGAGGAUGCCUCGGAGACCCCAGACCCCCCUGAAUCAGCCUCGGAGACCCCGGACCCCCCUGAGGAUGCCUUGGAGACCCCAGACCCCCCUGAGUCUGCCUUGGAGACCCCAGACCCCCCCGAGUCUGCCUCGGAGACCCCGGACCCCCCUGAAGAUGCCUUGGAGACCCUAGGCCCCCCCGAGUCUGCCUCGGAGACCCCGGACCCCCCAGAGUCUGCCUCAGUGGCCCUGGACCCCCCAGAGUCUGCUUCGGAGACCCUGGAACCCCCUGAGGAUGCCUCGGAGACCCCUGACCCCUCCAAGCCUGCCUCGGAGACCCCAGACCUCCCAGAGUCUGCCUCGGAGGCCCCGGACCCCCCUGAGGAUGCCUCGGAGACCUCUGACCCCUCCAAGCCUGCCUCGGAGACCCCGGACCCCCCUGAGGAUGCCUCGGAGACCCCGGACCCCCCUGAGGAUGCCUCAGAGUCCCCGGACCCCCCCGAGCCUGCCUCUGGUGGAGAGGAAGUAGGCCUGCUGGCGCCCGACAGGGGGGCCCACCUGCCUGCUGGUGUGGGGGCUGAGCCCGGCUUGCCCCCAAAGGAGGCCCCCGGGGCAGGGAACCAGGGGGACGGAGGCUUUGAGCCAGCACCCCAGGGUGCUGGGAGCAGCUGCCCCGAGGGUGGACAGGUGCAGCCCCAGAUUCCAGCAGAGGGCGGAGGGGGCACCCCGGGGCCCAGGCGUCCAUCGGCUGUGGCUUCCCAGUCUCCAUCAAGGGCUGUGCCCAGGAUGGGCAGGGCCUGCCCCGAGGAACCUACCCCCAGGUCUUCACCACCCGCCUCCAGGCGGGAGCGGGUGCGAGGCGUGGGGGGUGAUGAGCAGGCCCAGGCGGUCCCCGGAAUCCCCCGCCCCUCACCACUGCAGCCCCAGGACAGGCGCCCAAGUCCUGAGGCCUCCGUGCCCAGGGUGCCCCCCGCAACGCCCCCUGUCCCCUGCCCCUGCCAGGGUCCGCGGGAAAGCUCAGGGGAGGGGCGGGACCUCCCGCCGCCCCAGGCGGGAGCCCCGCGGGCCGCCGCCUUCUCAGGAACCAGGAACCACCCCCGGGAGUCCAGGCAGCGCGUUGGCCUCCCGCCCCACCCCUCCCUCCUCGGCCCCAAGGUAACCCCCACGGGGGGCCCCCAAGCCAAAGACCCGGCCUUGCGGCCCCCACUCCCCUGCCAAGUGCCUCUUGGCUCCGGGCCCCGGGGCCCCAGCAGCCCUCACGGGCCCCCAGCCACCCGGCAGCAGGACGAGCGGGACAGCCGGGAGGAAGAGCCGCCUCCGGCUGCUGGCAGCUGCUCCGACAGCCACGGGGAGUCGUCGGGGGAGACAGAGGAGCAGGACGUCUCGGGACCCCAGGCCCCUCAAGGCCCAGCCCAGGCGGCAGCCAGUGGCCCCGAGGAGACGGCAGCCAAGGCCAAGCAGAGCCGCAGCGAGAAGAAAGCAAGGAAGGCCAUGUCCAAGCUGGGCCUGCGCCAGGUGCAGGGCGUCACGCGGAUCACCAUCCACAAGUCCAAGAACAUCCUCUUCGUCAUCGCCAAGCCCGACGUGUUCAAGAGCCCGGCCUCGGACACCUACGUGGUCUUCGGGGAGGCCAAGAUCGAGGACCUGUCCCAGCAAGUGCACAGAGCUGCCGCCGAGAAGUUCAAGGUGCCCGCGGAGCCCGCCACCCUGGUCCCCGAGUCGGCCCCGGGGCCCCGGGCGCAGCCGGAGGAAGAGGAGGAGGAGGAGGAGGAGGGCGAGGAGGAGGAGGUGGACGAGGCGGGCCUGGAGCUGCGGGACAUCGAGCUGGUGAUGGCCCAGGCCAACGUGUCCAGGGCCAAGGCCGUGCGGGCGCUGAGGGACAACCAGAGCGACAUCGUCAACGCCAUCAUGGAGCUGACGAUGUAG